UCUUGUAGAACCAGCCACAGGUAUGUGUCUUGGGCUUGUUCAAUCCUCCUCUGUCCUGCCCCAGGCUGGCUCAGGGACUGCAGAGCCGUCCCUGCUGGCAGCCCCAGUGGCAUCUACAUCAUCUGACCCACAGGACUGCAUCAUAAUGUACUGUGAGAAUGAGUGGGCAGACAGGGGCUGGACUGUCAUCCAGAGGAACCAGCACAGCUCAGCGAUCUCCUGGAAUGAGUCUUGGAUCACCUACAAACCGGCUUUGGGAAUGUGCACACUGAGUUCUGACUGGACACUGAGUACAUCCACCAGAUCACCAGGCAGAAGGUCUACCAGUCCCCAUUUUCAUCCAGUGCUUGGGCAGCACCAGCAAGUCCUCCCCCCUGGCCUGCUGGCUGAUGCUAGGAUCCCCUGCCACGGUCCUGGUAGGUGUUAUCAGGAGCUUUUCUUGGUUUCGUGGAAUUCUGUGUGAACCCCAGCAGCUGGGAACCCUUACCACAGACACACAACAGAUGGUGCAUGAGCAGAGGUACCUGCAGAGGACAAACAGAACAUAAAUUUCCAGGAAUGCAUGAGUACUGCUAUUUGAUCAGCUGCUUCACCUCACCAAGGAGCCCUAUAAUAUCAGGAUUGGCCAUGCUGCCACCAGACCAGACCUACUCAGCUCCCCACUCCACAGGUUCUCAACAGAGAGAGCAUGGCUGCUCAUCACUACAGUCCUCUGUUCUUCACCUCCGUGCUGGCCCUGCUAUCCCCACUUCUUGCUCUGCACAUUGAAAACCUGGAGAGAUUGAAAGUAAAUUUAGAUGAAAUAAUUAAUAUCCCUUCCGACAGACCUCUUCCUGAUGAAGCUGGAGGGAUCACCCAGCAGAACUGGGCAGCUGACCCUCAGCAGGAACAGGGCCGCAGCGGCUGGCCCAAGGACUGCAGUGAGCUCCCUGCUAGCAGCCCCAGUGGCAUCUACAUCAUUCAGCCCACAGGAGAGCAAACCAUCGUGGUAUACUGUGAGAUGAGCAGGGACGAUGGAGGCUGGACUGUUAUCCAGAGGAACCACAGAGAUACACCAGUCAGCUGGGAUGAUUCUUGGAGCACCUACAAACAUGGCUUUGGGAAUGUGCACACUGAGUUCUGGCUGGGCACCGAGUACAUCCACCAGAUCACCAGGCAGAAGGUCUACCAGGUCAGGUUUGUCAUCUGGGAUGCUGCAAAUAACAUGAAGUUCGCAGACUACAACCUGUUCAGCGUGGAUGAUGAGUCCCAGGGCUACCAGCUGAGACUGGGAGCACACUCAGGGACAGCAGAGGAUGCCAUGGCCUCCAAGGGCACAACCACCAUGCAUGAUAACAUGAAGUUCUCUGCUAAAGAUCGAGAUCAGGACACUUCUAGUGGGAACUGUGCCACCAGCUCCGGGGGCGGGUGGUGGUACUCGGCGUGUUACUCUGUGCGUCUGAACUUCAAAGGGGCCAUGACAUGGGGCAACCUGUGCCAGGGGAGCUGCAGAGCCUCAGCCAUCCUCAUAAAACCCACCACCUACUGCUAGAUGCAUUUUCAUUUCCUUUCUAUCCAACCUGUCCAACCUCUGGCUCUGCAAAGAAUUGGCACAAAGCAAAACCAAAAUGGGUGUGCCAUGGGGUCUUUGCAGAGGUUGGUCAUACGUAGCUGCUGAAUAAAAUAAGGCAUUUUCCACUUCUUCUUCCUCCUGUAGGUUUUCUCUACUUCUCAGCUGUGCCUGUGUCCUCUAGUUCAGAGU